UCUUGAGUAGCCGGGAUUACAGUCUCAGCAAAUUGGACAGUGGCGGUUGAGUGUAUUUUGAAAACUGAAGAUUAGUGGCUUCUGCCUUCUGUCUUCCCAACUUUAACAAAGAAUAAAUGGGGUGUUUGAGAAGAGAGCUAAAUUAAAAGAAGAGUUUUACAAAUGGCUUCAGAAUCAGUGACUGGGAAACCAGCUCGGAAUCACUUCCCAAAGGGGAAAAGGCAGCAGCACCAGCCAAUAAAGAACAGAUCUUCAGUGAGUGACUGUGACAGAGAAGACUCCUUUAUCUUUGAAGCAAAUGAAGCCUGGAAAGAUUUCCACAGCUCUCUUCUUCGAUUUUAUGAAAAUGGAGAACUCUGUGAUGUCACACUAAAGGUUGGUUCAAAGCUCAUCUCUUGUCAUAAGCUGGCAUUGGCUUGUGUUAUUCCCUACUUUAGAGCCAUGUUUCUCUCUGAAAUGGCAGAAGCCAAGCAAACAGUGAUUGAGAUUAGAGAUUUUGAUGGCGAUGCAAUAGAGGAUCUGGUGAAAUUUGUCUACUCUUCACGGCUAACAUUGACUGUGGACAACGUCCAACCUCUCUUGUAUGCGGCCUGCAUUCUUCAGGUUGAACUGGUGGCCAGAGCUUGCUGCGAAUACAUGAAGCUUCAUUUCCAUCCUUCCAACUGCCUAGCAGUGAGGGCCUUUGCAGAAAGCCACAACCGGAUAGACCUCAUGGACAUGGCUGAUCAGUACGCUUGCGAACACUUCACCGAGGUUGUGGAGUGUGAAGACUUUGUGAGUGUGUCACCCCAGCACCUGCACAAGCUUCUGUCCUCCAGUGAUCUACACAUUGAGAAUGAAAAGCAGGUCUACAGCGCUGCCAUCAAGUGGCUUCUUGCCAACCCCCAGCAUCAUUCCAAGUGGCUGGAUGAAACUUUGGCGCAGGUUCGUCUGCCAUUAUUGCCAGUUGAUUUCCUUAUGGGUGUAGUGGCAAAAGAACAGAUUGUCAAGCAAAACCUAAAGUGCAGAGAUUUGUUGGAUGAAGCAAGAAAUUACCAUCUUCAUCUGAGUUACAAAGCCGUGCCUGACUUCGAAUACUCCAUCCGUACUACCCCAAGGAAGCACACUGCUGGUGUGCUGUUCUGUGUAGGGGGCCGAGGUGGAUCAGGCGACCCCUUUCGCAGUAUUGAAUGCUAUUCCAUCAGCAAAAACACUUGGUUCUUUGGACCAGAGAUGAACAGCCGGAGGCGACACGUGGGUGUGAUCUCUGUGGAAGGUAAAGUGUACGCAGUGGGGGGACAUGAUGGCAACGAGCACUUGGGCAGCAUGGAGAUGUUUGAUCCUCUCACCAAUAAAUGGAUGAUGAAGGCCUCGAUGAACACAAAGAGGCGAGGAAUUGCCUUGGCCUCCUUGGGGGGCCCAAUCUAUGCCAUUGGGGGGUUGGAUGACAACACUUGCUUCAAUGACGUGGAGAGAUAUGACAUUGAAUCUGACCAGUGGAGUGUGGUGGCCCCGAUGAACACUCCCCGUGGAGGUGUUGGCUCCGUGGCUCUCGUGAGCCAUGUUUACGCAGUAGGUGGCAAUGAUGGAGUGGCUUCUUUGUCUAGUGUGGAGAGAUAUGAUCCACAUCUGGAUAAGUGGAUAGAAGUUAAAGAAAUGGGUCAACGACGAGCUGGCAAUGGAGUCAGUGAGCUUCAUGGCUGCUUAUAUGUUGUUGGUGGUUUUGAUGACAACUCUCCUCUGAGUUCAGUUGAGCGGUACGACCCUCGCAGCAACAAGUGGGAUUAUGUGGCCACACUCACCACUCCCAGGGGUGGGGUGGGGAUCGCCACUGUGAUGGGCAAAAUCUUCGCAGUCGGAGGUCACAACGGCAACGCGUACUUGAACACAGUAGAAGCCUUUGAUCCGGUGCUGAAUAGGUGGGAGCUGGUGGGCUCUGUGUCUCACUGCAGAGCUGGAGCAGGCGUUGCUGUGUGUUCCUGUCUGACGAGCCAGAUUCGGGACGUAGGCCAUGGGUCCAACAACGUGGUUGACUGUAUGUGAUUAGAGUGCCAGGCACCACCGACUCUGUCACAUCUGAUGGGCAAGAAAGGCAGCCUGGAUUUGGAUAUGACCCCCUUUGAAUUUUAACGACAACCAGAGACUUAUGUAAAUGUUAAUUGUAGUAUUGUGACUAAGUACAGCUUUUUGAAUGAUAGCUGAAGAAUUUUUGGUCAUGCUGUUAAAUUUCGUACUUUCUGCUUUAGUAAAUAAAGGAAUGGGGAUGGAAGACAGUUUAACUUGAAACCAUACCUACUCUGGAAAAAACGUUUAAAGUAGUGCCAAAACCUUGAAGUCUCUGUUAAUUUGGAUCAAUCCCAAUGAAAUUUGUUGAGUUUUACUUUUCCUUUGUUUAUAGGUAUUAGCCUUGGGUAGUGGAUUCUUCCAGAGCAAAGAUUAGAACCUAUGCAUUGACACACAAGAGACAUACUCCUCUUGAAAAUAAUUUCUCCUUGGUGCUGCUAAAGUUAUAUCUUGCUUUUUCUCUAGGUGUUGAUUUCACUUUCUUAGGUAUUUCCAAAAGUAGAAAAACAGUUUUGUCUGAGUGCCAGUUGGCUGCAUUCUUGGAAGCUGGUGCAGGCCUUGAUUUCAAUUAGAAUUGCUAGGAUACCAAAAGACUUGGCUGUGCUAAUUAUGUCUGAACAAAUCCACGUUUUUUUUUUUUUGUUGUUUUAUUUUUCCUAUCUCAUGCAAAAAAAUGAACCAGAGGAAAUACUAGAGAAGGCUUUAGAGGUGCUGUCAUCCCAGUGUCCAGCUGGGAGGCCUUGACAGGGUGCCAGUUAUGUGUUGCCCUACAAGGGAAAGCUGAAGCUAUCUUUACCCCUCUUCUUUGACUUACUUGAUUUUGAAUCCAGGAUUUAUUACCUUCCUAUUUUGUUAUUUUCCACCAUCCUGGUUUUUCUGACUGUACAGAUCUACAUUUAUUUGUUAUCAGAAAAUGAAAGCAUUUUUAUCAAAACUCUACAUUGACUAGUUUACUGAUUAUUUCAAGUCCGUCAUUAACUAAUGAGACGUGUUGGUAAAGACAGAGGAAGGUGGAAAAUGUUUUUUUCUCAUUAUGUUUAAUAUCCUCCAGUGUAUUUAUUGCAGUUUAAUUGACAAUAUUUCUACAAAGUAAUUUGAAGCCCAUGGUUUUGAUAAACCAACUGAUAUUACAGCCCUUCUUUGUUUUAACUAGCAUUAUAAAAUGACCUAUUCAUUAUUUUUAUAUACUUUUAAAAAUAUUUAUUAAGAACACUAAACUAUCUUAUUUUAUAUUUUCUAUGCAGUUUGGAAUCCCUCUUCCAGGCUUUCCUAAAAUUUCCUUCCUUUGUACCAUAGAAUCUGUUGUAGUUUACUACUGUUACCUCAUGCACAAGGAAGCCAGCCAGGGAAAGAUUACUCGAUCCAUCCAUUCCUGAGGUUCCUGAUUAAAUGGGGACUGAACUUGUCAGUGCAGAAGGGCAAAAUGCCACAUUCCAAAAGCUAGCUAUCAGGCAUACAGAACCAAAAAGAGCUAAAAAAUUCAAGAGGGCUCAAGCUGGCAAAUGUACUUCAUGAAGCAAAUUUCAAAGUUCUUAAUCAUGAUGUCUUUUCUACUCUUGGCCUGUGGGCAAGUUCCUGAGUCAUUUCUGGUUAUGUAACAGGUUUCUCUAGUUUAACUAUAACCAUGUUCAAGUUACUCACACAAGCAUUGGCUGGACCAGCUAUAGCUGGCUGAAUGUGGAGCGUGAAUUGCAAAACCUGGCUUUCACUGUCUAUUUUCAUCUCUGAUGAAGUUCUGGUAUUAUAGUGCGUGUCUGGCUACGGUUACUGACAAGUCAGUGGAUGAAAUCUACCCUCAAAGAAUGAAGGUUUUCCUCCAUGGCCAAAUGUCUUCAAAUAACAAUUAAAGGAAAGACUUAGAAAAUCAUCAUGAGCACGUUGCAUGUGUUACUGAACCAACCUAUCGCAGAAUGCAGAAACAGCAAAAAUCUCCCGCCAUCACCACGUGCAGCUGUCUAGACGGUGGUGACAUUUUCACCUUGAUGAG